AUGCCCCUCACUACCGAUGAAACCGCCCUCGUCGACGCCGCCACAUCAACUAUAACCAGCAUCCCCAUCUCAGAUACCUACAGCGUUGCCAGCGCCGCGCGAUCUUCUGACGGCCGCAUCUUCACCGGUGUUAACGUCUUCCACUUCAACGGCGGGCCCUGCGCCGAGCUCGUUGUCCUGGGCUGUGCAGCAGCGGCUGGAGCCACGCAUCUAACGCAUAUCGUUGCGGUUGGGAACGAGAACCGAGGCAUUAUGAGUCCGUGCGGACGCUGUCGGCAGACGUUGAUUGAUUUGCAUCCCGGGAUCAAGGUGGUUGUGCUUGAUCGGGGGGAGCCGAGGACUGUGGCGGUGGAGGAGCUGCUGCCGUUUGCAUAUCUUGUGGAUUGA